CGGCGCCGGGGGCGUGGUCUCGGCCGCGCGCCCCGCGGCCUCUGCGGCGCCGUUGGCCGUUGGCGCGGCUUCGGCGGUUGUCUUGGAGAAGCAAGAUGGCGGCGACGGCGGCCGCGGUGGCGGCGGAGGAGGACACGGAGCUGCGGGACCUGCUGGUGCAGACGCUGGAGGGCAGCGGGGUCCUGAACCGCAUCAAGGCGGAACUCCGGGCGGCCGUGUUUUUGGCGCUCGAGGAGCAGGAGAAAGUCGAGAAUAAAACUCCUUUAGUCAAUGAGAGCCUGAAGAAGUUUUUAAAUACGAAAGAUGGCCGGCUGGUGGCUAGUCUGGUGGCAGAGUUUCUCCAGUUCUUCCAUCUUGACUUCACCUUGGCCGUUUUCCAACCGGAAGCUAGCACGUUUCAAGGUCUGGAAGACCGAGAGAAUUUAGCCCGGGACUUGGGCAUUAUUGAAGCAGAAGGCACUGUGGGUGGACCCUUGCUAUUGGAAGUGAUCCGGCGUUGUCAGCAGAAGGAGCGAGGGCCCGGCCGUGGGGAAGGUGCCCUGGACCUGGCGGAUGCGCAUUCUCCACCGCCGUCGCCAGAAGGAAAGCUGAGCACGCACACGGGCCCCAGUAAGAUACCAAGGUAUAAAGGACAAGGUAAGAAGAAGACAAGCGGGCAGAAGUCUGGUGCCAAGAAAGCCGGCAGCAGUGCUAGUCAGAGCGACACGAGCAUCUCCUCAUCAGAACCAAGGAGCAAAGGCAGCCUCCACUCACUGGCCCAGGAAGCAAAACUGGGGCCUUUCUUAAGCAACAAGAGCCUGGAUGUCACGGACAAAGCUGGCCUUUGUCCACACGAAGAUGACCUGGACGGAGAUUCUUUCUUUGACGAUCCCAUUCCCAAGCCCGAAAAGACCUACGGUUGGAGAAGUGACCCUGGGAAGCCAGGAGGGAGCCUCACCUCGCUCGCCGACGCCCCCUCCUUGAAGAGUGGUCUCGGCCCCCUGCCGGGAGCCCCCUCCCUGAAAGACUCAGAAGGUAAAAGGGGAAACCCAGCUUUGAAAGAUCUGAAGGUGGUGAAUGAUAAAAUCGGAUCCCUUGGAUUAGGGGCUGGAGAAGACGACGACUACGCGGAUGACUUCAAUAGCACCAGCCAUCGCUCGGAGAGAAGCGAGCUGAGCAUCGGCGAGGAGAUCGAGGAGGACCUGUCUGCGGAGCUGGACGACGCCGACACGAGCGACAAGCUCGAGGACCUGACGCAGGACCUGACCGUGUCGCAGCUCAGCGAUGUGGCCGACUACUUGGAAGACGUGGCCUUCACCUGAGGACGGAGGUCGCCGCCGCCCAGGACAGACGAACCCCCCCACCCCCCACGUCCGUUCUCCUGGGCAGUGUGGCCGGAGUCUGCUCUGCUGGUGCCUUGUGUUCAGAACGACUGCAGAUAUUUUUGAAGAUUAACUUUUCAUUAACUAAACAGAACCUUCCACAGAGCCCACGCGUGGGAGAUUUCCGUCUUAACCUGGUCACCUGCCCGUUUCCCUCAGAAAGCAAUUCCGCUCGGAUGCCUGACGAGGAGGCACGUGAGACCGCAGGACUGAGAGCGAAGAGAAAGGGGCCAGUGAAGCUGCAGGUCCCCGGCUCGCAGGCACACGUGGGCGGGGCGGGGCGGGGCGGGCGGGCAGAAGGAAGGGGUGCUGGAGCCCCGGGGGAGGCGCUGUCGUCUGUGGGGGGAAGUGACAGUGCUCUGGGUGCUGCCAGCUCUGCUCUUAAAGGGGGAGGGGGUGCGGGGUUCAUUGGUGCGGGUGUCCUGGCAGCGGUGCGUCACUGCCACGUCCAGUCGAGAAGCAAUCCUCGCAGGCCCUCUGACAGCUCAGUUAUCAUCUGACCCCGUCUUGAAACGUUCGAUUCCGAGGCGCAUCUGAGGCCGGCAGCCGUGCUUCCACCCGGACCUACGCGUGACGUGGGGCCCAGGUGGGGGAGCAGACGGCCUCAGACGUGUCCAGGGGCAGCUUCCUGCUGCAGCCAGUUCCACUGUCACCUCAGAGGGAGCCGCCCCUCCCUCCUCCCCCCUCCCCCGGACGGGCGCCGUGUUUACAGGGGUCACUGUGCCCACGGUACUGUUGCCCAGUGGGUGACGCGUGCCUGUGCUACAAUUACAAGUGAAGCUGUGACUGCGUGGUCAGUUUUGUACUUUUUUAUUUCCAUUAAAUUAUGGCUUUUACGGAAGUCCCCUUUCCUAGUGAGAGGAGGAAUGAAUUGGUUGACCUCUGUCGGGGCGCGGACCUGAUGGUCAGUGUGUGCUCGCGUUCAUUUCUCCGCCUCACGCUCAGAAACGCCCGCCGGCUGCCGAGGAAGGGGCAGUGGUGGUGUGGGGUCAGGCUGUGGAACAUUGGAGUUUGGAUCUAAAAUCAAGUGAAACUGAGCCAUAAACGCCAGCGGGAGAGGACAGCACAUGGGCCGGCGGCCUGUGGGUGGGGCUGUCCACGUGUGCGGUCGGCGCUGCAGGAAGACAUGGCUGCCGCUGACGUCCUGGUGCCGCACUGGUGUCCCGUCUGCCCUCGCUGUGCAGCUUCGCUCUGCCCGCCCUCGGGAAGCGGCAGCCUGUGCCCUGUGGGCGCCGUGCGUGGUGGGGGCUGGACCUCGUGGAUGGACAGUUUCCCCGAGUGUCCUUUGCUGUGGCCAGAGUCUGGCCUCCGGUCCUGUGUGGGGGAUGGGAGAUAAUGCCAAACACGGAACUUGUUUCUCAUCAGCCUCAACUGUAAAUAUUCCGCCGUGAAGUGUCGUUCCGUGUGUGUGUGUGUGUGUGUGUGUGUGUGUGUGUGUGUGAAAUGCAUAUUGAAAUAGCCCGUGAAAUACGUUUUCAUAAUAAAACCUGUAUUUUACAGUGGAGUUUCCAAAUGCUCGCUCUCGUCUUAUAGGCGGCAGUAGGAGUGAAUAAAAAGCUUGCACCUU